GCAAACCCCUCCCUUGCCAGCUUGAGCUCAGUCACACUCCUUUCACGUUCAAUACUGAGCAGCAACUAGCAAUUGUAAAAAUGUGAAUUUCAACUGCGCUAUUCCAACAUUUUUGACGAGGAGAGGAAACUACUGGAGAAGGAAGAUUGCGUUGGAACGAUCCGUUUAGAAUGUCAAAGUCGGAAAUUGAGAGACUGACGGUUGUUUUUAUUGCAGGUGUGAUUACAGCAUGAAUCCAACUGGUGACAGGCCCUGCUAGGCCUGAACAGACCGAGUGUGUUGGUGGAGGCUCAUCAGUCUCCAGUAUGGAGUGUUUGGUAUGAGCCGUGGCCGGUCCGUUGCUUCUUGGGUCGGUCCAGUGGUGUGGUGUCCCUGUCUCUUGGCGGGAUGCUGAGGGCUGGUGGUCCCCACCAGUAUGACUCCCCUGGACAUGUGGCUGUCCCGCUCCAUCCCCAUGUGCCUGCUCCUCCAGAGCCUGGUCCUCAUGGCCCUGUGCUUCCCCUCCGCCUCCAUGUGUCCCAAGGGAUGCGUCUGCCAGCGGGCCCGACCCGACCCUGGCCUCCACCUCGGCCCUGGGCCCCUGGGGCUCCUCCUUGGCCUCAACGUCACCUGCACCGGGUCCCGGCUCAAAGAGAUCCCCCCGGACCUGCCUCCAGACACCGCCGUGCUCCGCCUCGACCACAACCAGAUCAUGGCCGUCCCCGACCACGCCUUCCGGGGCCUGAGGCUGCUGCGGGAGCUCAAUCUGUCCCACAACGCUGUGGAGACGCUGGGGGAGGGCGCCUUCAGUGGCGUGGAGGCCACACUGCAGGUCCUCGACCUCUCACACAACCGCAUCACUAGUGUGCACAAGGAUGCAUUCACCCGGCUCAAAGCACGAGUCCUGGUGGACGACAACCCCUGGCACUGUGACUGCACCCUGCAGCAGGCACUGGGCGGCAUGGCCCACAACCACGAGGCGGCUGCACGUGUCCUCUGCCGGAGCUCCGAGCUCCAGGAGCAGGAGGGACGCCAUUUCCUGGCGGUGGACACGGACCUGUGUAACCUGGCCAAGAGGACCACGGACUACGCCAUGCUGGUGACGAUGUUCGGCUGGUUCGCCAUGGUCAUCUCCUACGUGGUGUAUUACGUACGGCAGAACCAGGAGGAUGCCCGGCGACACCUGGAGUACCUCAAGUCGCUCCCCAGCAAGCCUGUGAAGCCCAACGAGGUGGAGGACAUCAGUACUGUGGUGUAACAUGAUAUCAUCACUACCGGAUACUAUAGGACAUCAGUAGUCUGGUGUGACAUCCCUAUAGUGAGAACUGACUGUAUACCAUAGAAUUAGAUUGUCUAAUUAGUUCUAGAAUUAGAAUGACUAAUUGAUUCUAAUUCUAUGCAUGAACAGCAGAAGUUACGACCUAAACCCGGAGAUAGGACCCAUAUUUCUAGUGUUUACAACUGGUUCCAAAUUUCAAGAUGGAUGUAACGUCUUCUGUUGUGAAAAUGUUUUUAUUUUGUCUUACCUGUGGUGAACUUAAAAUAAAUCAUGAUAGAUUAAACCUGGAUCCUUGUAUUUGAAGCUUCACACUCAAUAUGUGUAAAUUACAAAGGUAAACAUUGAGAAAACCCAAUUUUUAAAAGAGGAUAAAUGCUUUAAACAUUAGCGUUUGUCUGUAGGCAUCAAUCUAAAGUCAAGCAUUUUGGAAUGCACAGCGUACAUGUCAGAACAUAGACAACGGCAGUUAGUUCAGAUCAGAGUAACAGAAAGGUAUAGACUAUUGUAACACAGAUGGCUUCAUUGAGAUCUGUUCUGAGAUGUGUUCUGAGAUGUGUUCUGAGAUGUGUUCUGAGAUCUGUUCUGAGAUCGUUUAAAAAAAUCUGAAUCUCAGGUUAAAAUUUUGAUAGGUUGAUAAGUCUUUUUUAGAGCAAAAUCUGGAGAAAUGGUUUGUUGGACUAGUCUUUUGUAAGGUAAUCUGAAGAGUGUUCUGUGUUUGUGCAUCCAACUGCAUACUUUGUUUCAUUUUAUUUGAACAAAUAACGGGCCCCAAACAUCAAUCAUGAAAAUGACCUUUCAUUUUCAUAUGUGAAAUAAUGGAAUCAAUGAUUUGUUAAAAUGACCACGACAUCACACUGUUGAAAGACUACUGAUGUGCUGUAAAAAUACUACACAUUUCUUCAUUCGUUUUGUCAAGUUCCUGUACUGUAUGUUGUUGUUGUCUUGAAACGACAAAGUUGAUACAUUGCAUCUUAGUAGAUUUGUGAUGGUCAGAUAAUGUAGCACAAUGUUUUUGGGGGUAGAUAUCAAAUGAACCACAAAAGACUCGGUGAAUUCAAGUGAUUCGUAUGUGUGUCAUGUGAUUUACCAGUACACUAGUAGUGUCCAAGUUCUCAUGUCCUGAGUCCGAACAAGCUUGUCGUGUUUCAUGUUAACACAACAACACCCAACAACAAUACUGUGCAUUCGGUUUUUCUAUAAAAAAACAUUUGCUAUGAUUUUUUAUGACUCAGUCUAUGCUUCCUGAAAUAGAAUACAUAUUCAUAUUCAGAGGAAUGUAUCUCACACAAAGCUUCCUCUCUCAGCCAAAAUGUAGAUAUUAGUUUGUGUCCCAAAUGGCAACCUAUUCCUUACAUAGUGCAUAAAGCCCUAUGGACCCUGGUGGAAGUAAUGCACUAUGUAGGGAAUUGGGUACAAUUUGCGAUGCACCCUUAGCGUCACAAACCUGUCGAUGGGAAGACUGUAAUAAUUUCAACACAAACAUCCCCUUUCUGUUCAACCUCAUGCUGCGUUCAGAAUGCAGAUAGAUGCAUGCAUCAUUUACCUUGCCUUUAAAAACACUGUGUGUACAGUUAUACCCCCAGCAAAGUGAGAAGAGCAAAUUGCAGCUGUCAUUCAUUUAAAUGGAUUUUACUUCCAUCACAGUGACAAGGGUUCACUAAAACAUCCCACAGAGAGAGAGAUGGAGAGAGAGGGGAGGGCUGGUCAGAGAGGGAGAGAGAGGGAGAGAAAGCGAGAGAGAAAGAGAGAAGAGAGAUAAGUGAGGGAAGGAAGGAGCGAUAUGUGCAGGAAAAUGAGAGAAUGAGAAAAGUAAACAUUUCUUUCCAUAUUUAAUGCGGAUAAAAAAUUAUGAAUUUUGAAAAGGAAUGUUUACAAAGUUGAGUUUUUUCCCCCAGAGCUGCAAGGUGGUCAGUUCAUUUGGGAGGAUUUGAUGAUACGAUGAGCACAGGUAGUUACAACAUGCAGUUACAACAGAUAGUUACAACAUGUAGUUACAACAGAUAGUUACAACAGGUAGUUACAACAUGCAGUUACAACAGAUAGUUACAACAUGUAGUUACAACAGAUAGUUACAACAGGUAGUUACAACAUGCAGUUACAACAGAUAGUUACAACAUGUAGUUACAACAGGUAGUUACAACAUGUAGUUACAACAGGUUGUUUAAACAGGUAGUUACAACAUGCAGUUACAACAGAUAGUUACAACAUGUAGUUACAACAGGUAGUUACAACAUGUAGUUACAACAGGUUGUUUAAACAGGUAGUUACAACAUGUAGUUACAACAGAUAGUUACAACAUGUAGUUACAACAGGUAGUUACAACAUGUAGUUACAACAGGUUGUUUAAACAGGUAGUUACAACAUGUAGUUACAACAGAUAGUUACAACAUGUAGUUACAACAGGUUGUUUAAACAGGUAGUUACAACAUGUAGUUACAACAGAUAGUUACAACAUGUAGUUACAACAGGUAGUUACAACAGAUAGUUACAACAGAUAGUUACAACAUGUAGUUACAACAGAUAGUUACAACAUGUAGUUACAACAGAUUGUUUAAACAGGUAGUUACAACAGAUAGUUACAACAGGUAGUUACAACAGGUAGUUACAACAGAUAGUUACAACAGGUAGUUACAACAGAUAGUUACAACAGGUAGUUACAACAGGUAGUUACAACAGGUUGUUACAACAGAUAGUUACAACAGGCUGUUACAACAUGCAGUUACAACAGGUUGUUACAACAGAUAGUUACAACAGGCUGUUACAACAUGCAGUUACAACAGGUUGUUACAACAGAUAGUUACAACAGGCUGUUACAACAGAUAGUUACAACAGGCUGUUACAACAUGCAGUUACAACAGGUUGUUUAAACAGGUAGUUACAACAGGUAGAUACACAAGUAGGCCUAGUCACAUCAAACUAAAUGCAAAUAGGUACAUUGUUGUUGUGUGUGAGAAGGAACUUGAAAUCCCUUUAAAUCGUUGUAUUUGAAUGUUGUGCUACUGUACAGCCUUUUGCACUGUUUUGUCCUGUAGAGCGGAGGCCAUGAGUUCAUGUCUCAUGGAUUUGUAAUGGGUUUAGGAGAGGAGACUUUUUCUUUCAAUACAUGUACCGUACUGCAAAUGAAGAAAGCACAGUGUAGCCAAGCCAAGGAGUCUGGAAGAAUAUUUAAGUGCCUGAAAUACUUAUCUCACAUUUUCUGUUUCUCAUUUUAACCAAAUAAUUUCACAUUCAGAGUCGGUGUCUGGACAUGAAAGAAGAAAGCAUAGCGUUUCACAGACAAAGGUUUAUGUGUUUUGGAAUCCUUUCAUGUCCAGGAUAGUGUAUAUAGAACCAACACAAAGGAGAAAUGAACUCUUUACUGUUUGCUUUGAAAGAGCUGAUAGAAGUGAAAUUGACUUUGAUAUCCUAGUUUUCCACUGUCUCACUGAAACGAAGACGUGAAAGUAACAUAAAACAGAGAGAAUGUGGUUGUUGUCUUUCUUCUCUGCCUGUCAAUUGUCUUUUCUUUUUUUAGGGAUAAAAGCUGAAGUUUUGUGAUAAAACUCAAGACCUAGCACUGAUAAAACCAUCCAUACAUUGUAAAGGCAUGUCAUAAAUCGAAAUAAAGGAAAUAUGGACACUC